GGUCACAUAGGCCCAGCACCCAAAAGAGAGGGACAAAAAACAGAACAGAGACAGAAACAGCGCAGCAACCAAAAUAAUAACAAUUAAUAAUACUAAGUGUCCGCUAAAGAUAUUACACAAAUAAAGGCAAACACUUACUAGCCUGGUUUUUCGCUAGUACUAGUUUUUUCGUUUGUCUGGCAGCAGUCUCUCAUGGUUAUUUUCUAUUUUUUUCUGUUGCGACGCAUAAAUCGUCUUUUAAUCGAUAUAUAAGUUAACGGGAGAGUACAAAAACAAGGCGAACGAUUUGCAGAUUUAAUGUCGCAGUUACUUUUUGUGCAGCAACAACAAGAACAACAUUAGUGGUAGGCAACAACAACAAAAUCAAAAACGAAAAACGACGAAAAAGAAAUAAAAAUAAAACGUACGACGCAGCGCAGUAGUGUCUGUAUUGGUGGUGUGCGUGUGUGGGUGAGAGUGCGAUAGAGCCAGCAAUAGGGCUCUGCGUCGACGGCGGCAGCGGCAGAAGAAGAAACAAAAAAGUUCAGUUUUUUCAAACAAAACUCGAGCUCAGGCAGUUGAGUUUGCUGUGCGUCUCGAAAAAGCUAAAAUUUGUAAUUUGGAAGUAGCCUCAAAUUAAGCAACAACACCUAAAGGGCGUGGCAAAACCAAAAAAAAGGGGCGAAAAAAGGAGAGAAAAGGCAAGACGCAGUUGGAGAUUUUGUUGCUGCUGCUGCCGCCUGCAACAAACGAAGAUAAUAAUAAAGAGGAGUUGAAAGACAACAAUAAUCAUAAAGCACACACCAAAAAGGAAAUCAACAACAACAAAUUCUAGAACAAGGGAGACGGAGAGAAAAAGAGAGCCAGCAGCUGAAAACAUAUGAUUUUUGUUUGUGUUGUUGUUUUUACGCGCGCUCUGUGGAACGAGUGAGAAACGUGGAACGAGCGAAACGAGUGGCAUUGUUGUUGUGUUUCAGCUGCUGCUGAUUCAACCAACGAACAGCCACAACAACGCAAGUGUUGACAACAAGAGAGCCAACGACAGAGGGAUAGAGAUAGGGAGAGCCAAAGAGCAGGAAGAGACAACAACUGAUCAGACACAGUGUCUCCAGGAGAGGCGACAAAAGAGAAAGACAUACGGGAGAGAGCAACAAGCGAGAACUGCCAACCGCCACCCACUGCCACCCACACCUCCCGCCACCCACAGCUACAUACCACGCAAAGCCGCCCGCUGCCGUCUACUGCCCUCCAGUGUGGAGGCACUGCAUCAUUGGCACCAGCUGUGGUAGCAGCUAGAAGAGGAGCGAUUCCGGCGGCCAGUAGUUACCACCGGCUAAUCCCAGCAUCCGCAUCAUGUCCGCGGACUCGCCACGCCGCCAUCCCUCCGGCGUGGUCGGUUCCGGCAUUGGAUCGGUCUCCGGAUCCGGCUCUGGCGGCGGCAGCAGCAGCAAAUCGGGCGGCACCGCCGUUCCAGCCAUUGUGCCACCGCAAACAGUGUCGGAUCGCUCGAUCCUCGACUCGGCCAUCGGUUUCAUAAACGAUGUGACCCUGGCCAAUCAGCCGGUACAGGAUCCCAAGGACACCAUCACCUGGGCCCGUUUCGAAACGGGUGCGGAUGUGAGCGAUCCGCGUUUCGGCGACGACUGGGAACUGGAGGGUAAUGCAGCUCCGCCCCUGCUCCUAAUACUCGGCUACGGUCUGGGCGUCCAGGUGUGGGCCAUCCCAGCCAAUGGCGAGGCUGUGGAGGUGCUAUCCUGGCGCCACGGCGUCGUCACUGCCCUCCGGGUGCUGCCCACGCCGGCCACGGCUGCCGCUCUGGACGAGAACGGGCGGGCGGAUGAGCCGGUCGAUGCCUUUGCCGAGAAACGUCCGUUGGUGGCACUCGUCGAUGGAGGCAGUGCAGCGGCCAGUGGCUUACUGACCGGUGGCUCGGGAUUGGGUGGCGGCGGAGGAGUCACAACAGCUGGCGGCUCGGGGGGAGGAGUUGGCGGUAUCGGCGUAUCGGCCGCUGCCCAAUUCAGUGCCGUAAACUUUAUGUCCCUCAAAACGGGCGUCCAGGUCAAGACGAUUAAGUUCAAGAACGCCGUGCUGGACAUUCAGGCCAAUCGAUCGGCGGUGGUCAUCACGUUCCACGAGCGGAUCGCCGUCUUCGAUGCCAGGACGCUGGAGGAUCGUCUCACCAUCACCACCUGCUAUCCCAGUCCGGGGAUUAACCCCAAUCCCAUUGCGCUGGGACCACGCUGGCUGGCGUAUGCGGAGCACAAGCUACUGCACUCCAAGCGCAGCGGCGGCGGAUGCGAUGGCGAGGGCGUUCCCAGCUACACGGCCACUGUGCUCAAUGCGGCCAAAUCUCUGGGCAAGGGACUGCGCGAACUGGGCGAGCAGGUGGCGGCCGGAUUGACGGGCACCACCGCCGGCAGCGGUGCCAGCUCCAAGAGCAGCAGCUUCGACUCGGCCAGUGGCGGUCCGGAUGCCAAGCAGUCGGGUGUGGUCACCAUCAUCGAUGUGAAGCAUCCGGUGAAGGACUACAGUCCCACGACGGGCACCCCGUUGAGCUCCAUGGGCGGCUCACAGGGCGGUGGCGAUCCGAUCGUGGCCCACUUCGUCGCCCACAGCGAGGCUCUGGUGGCCAUGGAGUUCGACAGCUCCGGCAUGCUGCUCCUUACCGCCGAUCGGCGCGGACACGACUUCCAUGUGUUCCGGGUGCAGCCGCAUCCGGUGGGUCCCAGCCUGGCCGCCGUACACCACCUGUACGUGCUGCAUCGGGGCGAUACAAGCGCCAAAGUGCAGCAUAUCGCCUUCUCGCUGGACUCGCGCUGGGCUGCCGUGUCCACGCUGCGCGGCACCACCCACGUCUUUCCCAUCACGCCCUACGGUGGCGCCAUGGGCGUUCGCACGCACACCUCGCUGCACGUGGUGAACAAGUUGUCGCGCUUCCACCGGAGCGCCGGUUUGGGAGCAGACGGGCGCUCCAGUUCGCCGAUCUCGCACUCGGAGAGCACGACGUUCGUGCAGUCGCUGCAGCCGUAUCAUAAUCCCACAUUGCCGCCGUAUCCGCGGCCGUCGGUGGUGCAGCCGCUGGCCCAGCUGCGCCAGCCCUUUACCCUCGGAUCGCCGCCAGGAUCGGCGGGUCUGGGCGUCGGUGGUGGGGUGUCCGGGGGCGGCGGAGGCAUGGGCAGUGGUGUGAGUUCCGGCGGUCAUGGAGGCGUCGGCGUGGGCAGCAGCAGCAGCCAACGGCAGCGACAGCGCCUCUCCUCGCUGUCGGACGACAGUGGCAAGCCGCUGAGCGUCUGCUCCAUCUUCGCCAAGUCGCGCUCCUGGCUGCUGGAGCCACCAAUGGCGACACGAGAGCAGCCGCACCGCGUCCAGCGCAAGGCGGUGGAUUCGCUCUUCGUGAUGGCCGGCCACGGGGCGCUUAUUCAGUAUGACCUGGACACGAAGCUAGCCUCACAUGUUGCCAAAGAGAAGAUUUGUGAUGACACGCCCAUCGAGCUGGAGGUGGAGGCCCGCGCCCAGUGGAAUCUGGGUCGGCGCAGGGAUGGAUCUCAAGAAAUCAUACCACCGCUGUCGCUGGACAACUGGCUGAUCAAGGAUCGCCAUGCCAGCCUGCUGCUGGACAGCGCCCAUCAUUUCGACGAGCCGGACGAGCGGGCCGAGAGUUGGCUGGCCCAGGUGGAGAUCAUCACGCAUGCAGGUCCCCAUCGCCGCCUGUGGAUGGGUCCGCAGUUCGUCUUCAAGAACUACAAUACGCCCAGCGGUUCCAAUCUGAACCACGUCGAUGCGGAGGCUGUGGAGAUAGGCGUUACCAAGACGACCACCACCGCGUUGCCCUCGACGGCAGCUGCCUCCUCGGCCUUGGGAGUGGGUUCGGUGGGCGGCAAGGAUCGCUCCAGUCCGCUGAACAUGCCUCUAAAUGCGGCCACUUCGGUGGGCGGAGGUGGCAUCGGUAGCUCUGCAGUGACGGGACGCAGCGGUGCCGGAGUACCGGUUCUAAUCGAAUCGGGAUCUUACAGCAGCAUUGAGCAGAGUCCCAAGUUGAUGGAUCGCUUCCGACAUGGCCACUUGGAUUCAGAUUAUGGACAUGGCGACACACGUCUAAAGGAGGAUUUGGCGGACGCCAUGCGUGAGUCCCCAUCCACGGCAGCGGCGCGACGAGAGACUACGGCAGCUCCAGAUCAGGCUGCUCCGCCAUGUGGCGAUCACCUGGCCUCCUCGGUCCCGGCCUCCGCGGAUCAUCUCUUGGCCGCCGGCGGAGGAAGUCUGUCCUCGAAUUGUGAUAAUGCCUGCUAUUACGAUGCCCUUGCCGAGCACGAGACUCUCAAUGACCUGGACGAGGUGGAGGAGCAUCAGCAUCAGCACCAGCCGGAGACGACGGAGACGCAUUUGCACUCGAUGGAUUCCAUUUCCGCCCUGGCUUCCGUCCUGCCCAACAUUUGCAGCUAUUCCCGCGUGGAGAAAAUGGUCAAUCCCUUGGGCACGGUCACGGAUCUAAAUGCAGGCAUCUCCGGUGAACUGCAGACGGAUAUGCUGGACGAGGUGGUGGGCCAACUGGCCGCCGAGGAGUCGGUGAUCCAUGAGAAUUGCGAUGAAGCCCUCUUCCGGCCGGUGGUGGCCAUCUUCUGCAGUGAUCCGGUCGAAAGGCAAAAGCUCCUCCAGAAGGAUGGCAAGGCGGAGGAGGCCACGCCAUCGGAGCAGGACCAGGCUAAUUGCCAACCGCCAGUGGUGCUGGUCAAUAAAUUGAUUGUACCAGUGAUUGCCAAGGAGGUGGAUGAGGUGCUCGUCCAGAAGGAGAAGCAGAAAUCCCAGAAGCAAUCGCACAAGGCGCAACAGCAGCAACAGCAGCAGCAGCAACAGCAGAAAACCCUGCGAUCCCUGGCAGCCGACGAGGAUGCUGCGCAAGCACAGAAGUUCGCGGAGCUUUCGCAUCUCAACAAGCCGAAGGGUAACAUCAACAACAGUAAAACUGCCAGCCAGAAAAGUGGAAGUGGCACCUCCGAGGAUGAGGGCACCACAACCGCUAUCGCGAAAUCAGCGAAGAAGGCCAAGUGUAACAAGCAAAAGACCAGCGGAAAAGUCAGCGAAGUCAAGAAGCCGGAAUCAAAGAACCCGGAACAGGACAAGAUUGUGGCGCAGGAGGAGAUGAAAGUCCAGGAGGAAGACUCGGAUCCGGAAUCGGAUCAUGCCGAUAGCUUGCUGGCCAACAAGAGCAGCAUUGCUGCUGUCAUGGUGAGCAGUGCCAGUGCCCAGGGAUUAAGUUUGCAUGUGGAGACAAGUGCACCGGAUGCGGAGGACGAAAACGAGGAAGAGGAGGUAGAGGAAGAGGAAGAGCAGGAGCAGGAAACUGAUAAAGAGCCCCCGCAGAUUGCCAAAAAGAAGCAACAACCAGGCGGAGCAGUGGCAACCAUGACAAUCGACAAGGAAAAGGAGAAAGCCAAGGAGAAAGAGCUAAAGCUUAAAGAAAAAGAAAGGGAAGCCAAACUAAAGGAAAAGGAAAAAGAAGAAAGGCUUAAGCUCAAGGAAAUAGAAGAAAAGAUUAAGGAGAAAGAACGAGAAGAAAAGCUGAAGGAAGAAAAGAUCAAGGAAAAGGAAAGGGAAAGGGAGGAAAAGCUAAAGGAGAAGCAGAGACAAGAAAAGAUCAAGGAAGAAAAAAUUAAGGAGAAGGAAAGAGAAGAAAAGGAGCGAGAAGAAAAGCUUAAGGAGAAACGAAAGGAAGAGAAGCUCAUGGAAGAAAAGAUCAAGGAGAAGGAGAGAGAAGAAAAGCUCAAGGAAAGGCAAAGAGAAGAAAAGAUUAAAGAGAAAGAAAGAGAGGAAAAGGUCAAAAAAGAGCGAGAAGAAAGGAUGAAGAAGGACCGAGAAGAGAAACUCAAGGAGAAGGAAAGAGCUGAAAGGAUCAAGGAGAAGGAAGAAAAACUUAAGGAGAAGGAAAGAGAAGAAAAGCUUGAGGAGGAAAGGAUCAAAGAGAAGGAGCGAGAAGAAAAAAUCAAGGAGAGGGAGGAGCAGCUCAAGAAAAAGGAAAGGGAGGAGAAACUUAAGGAAAAAGAGAGAGAAGAAAAGCUCAAAGAGCAAGAAAGACUGGAGAAGCUCAAGGAGAAGGAACGAGAGGAGAAGCUGAAGGCAAAAGAAUUGGAAGAAAAACUAAAAGAACGGGAAAGGGAAGAAAGGCUAAAGGAGAAAGAGAAAUCUGAAAAGGAGGCGAAACUGAAGGAAAAAGAGGAGCAGAAGGAAAAAGAGUACAAACUCAAGGAGCGCAAAGAGAAAGAAAAGGUCAAGGAGAAGGAAAAGGAAAAGCCUCUUGAAACCGAAAAACCCCUCAUCCCGGCCAAUGUGACCAGUCCCUGGAGGCGAGUCAUCGAAGAGACUCCACCAAAACUGCCCGCGGCUCAGGAUUAUCCCAGCCUGGGCAAGAAACCCACUAAAAUGAGUCCCGAGAAGAAGCGAGAUGAGAAACUGCUGCCAGGACUCACCACUCCUCCAAAAGAGGUCAAGGACAACUUCGAGGACUUCCUCUGCGGUUUGAAGCCACUGGACGCCUUGCCACCGCUUCCUGCUCUCGAACCCCUGGAGGUCAAGGGCGACUCCAAAAAGGAACCGGUCAGUCUAAUCAAUUUUGAAAGCCCGCUGCAGGAGAAUGCAGCGAUCCCACGCAAGAUUUCCCCGCCACCCCGGGGAUUUACCGAACAGAAUCUGAUUCUGGCCCUGUGCGGUUCACUGCACUAUGAAAACGAGCAGAACGAACGGAUGCGGGAAUCUGAGGCAGAAGCCCAGGCCGAGGUGGAUACCACACCAGAAGCACCCGUAUACAUUAGCCUUGAUGCACUGGCCCUGCAGAAAUCCACCUCCACAUCGAACAACUCUUCCGGAUCCGAGGAGAUUGUCAUUAUGGAGGAACCUGUCAAGAAAUUGAGCAAGAAGCACAAGCGGUUGAAGCAUCUCCAGCUGCAGCAGCAGCAGCUGGAAAGAGAUCGAGAACCGGACGAUGAGGAGCUGCGUCCACUGAUCAGCAUUAGCAUGUGUGAUUCCCAGCUGGAAGUGCAGGAGCUAGCUAGUGCUGGUGCUGAUGCUGCUGCUGCCAAGGCGAUGUCCGAUGACGACGACGAUGGAGUUAGGGAGGAGCUGCAUCCGAAGGAGCCAGAGCAAUCACUGCCCGAGGAUCUGCUGCACUUUGGCAGCAGUGGCGUGGCCCCGACCAUCGCUACCACCACGGACAGCGACGGACCCCUGCCGGCCACCACAUCCGAUGACAAUCUGGUCUACGGCUCCGCCACACACACCACCCAGGCCGCACCGCACAAGCUGAAGACCAAGAAGCUGGAGCACAAGAUCAAUCUGAUAGCCGCCAUCGAGGCGGCCACCUCCUCGUCCACAUCCUCGGCGGAGGAGAGCAGCGUGGAGACCACUAUUCAUCCGGAUCCUACGGGCCUGGGCCUCGGCAUUGGCUUGCCAUCCCAUUCCGCUGGCAGCGGGGCAGCUGGUGCUGCUGGCAGCAUGGCCAUGGGUGCUACCACCUCCUCUGCCACGUCCCAAGGCACCGCCGCCGGAGGCGUAACUUCUGUGGGAUUGGGCGUGGGCGUGGCCAGCCCGCCAAGUGCCACAAAGAAGAAGACGAAGCGACGCAAGAGAUAA